AUGUCGGACGAUGAGAAGGCGCAGAUAGACGAGGCCCGCAAGAAGCCGCUGUGCGAACGGGUUGAGCACAAGCUCUGGAAGGUGCGCCUGGAGGCGUUCGAGCUCAUCAAGAGCCUGUGCGCGAAGAUCGUCUCGGAGGAUGACCCCGUGCUCAGCGAUGUCGGCCCCAUGCUGGCGAAGGCCACGUCCGAUUCGAACGCCGCGGCGCUGGACAAGGCCCUGGAGGCGACCAGCGACUUCCUGCAGAAGGGCGGCACGCAGCACGCCGCGAGGGCCUGCGACAGGAUCUGCGCGGGCAUCGUCGGCAAGUGCCUGAGCGGCCGCCCGUGGACGGUGCAGAAGGCCACGGUGGUGUUCCUGGACCUCAUCGAGAUGGAGCUGGCGGACAAGGCUGUGGAGAGUGUCGUCAAUUGUUUCUCGCACAAGACCCCCAAAGUAGUGGUGGCUGCUCUGGACAUGGUACACCAGGCUGUAAGCACUUUUGGCACUAAGGUUGUCCCUCCACAACCUAUCCUGAAGGCACUUCCACCUCUGUUUGAGUCGAGGGAUGCCAAAGCAAGGGAGAAAGUGAAAGCCCUUGUGGCUGAGCUUUCCAGGUGGGUGGGCGCAUCGACAGUAAAAACCAUCUUGUUCGAAAAGAUGCGUGAUGCAAUGAAGGAAGACGUUGAAAAGCUCAUCGAGGCAGCACCUAAAGAGAGGCCCGCCCCACAGCGCAUCACCCGCCGUGAACAGGCCAGGUUGGCUGAACUGGCAGAGGAAGGGAAAUCUGCACAAGCCCCUGCACAGGAGGCAACUCCAAUGGUUGAGGAUGAACCCGAGUGCGAUGUCUUUGACUUGUCUGAGCCAAGGGAAAUCCUCCAUGAGCUGAAGAAGCCUUGGUGGGAAUCCCUUGCCAACCCCAAAUGGACCAUUCGUAAGGGUGCUCUGACUGAGCUUAAAACUCUAGCCAGCAGCCCACGACUGGUUCCUGGUGACUAUGGAGAUGUGUGCAGAGAGCUCAAAAAGAUCAUUGCCAAGGACAGCAUGGUCGCUGUUGUUGCGGAGGCCAUACACUGCGUGGCUGCACUAUCAAAGGGGCUUCGAGGAGAGUUCCUGAGCUAUUCUCGGAUAUUUUGCCCUCUUAUCCUUGAGAAAUUCAAGGAAAAGAAUCUUGCUGUGUGUGCUGCUUGUCAUGAGGCCCUCGCCGCUUUCCACAAGUUCAGUUUCCAGUUGGUGGAUAUCCAAGACGAUAUAAUCGCUGCACUGGGGCACAACAACCCAAAAGUGAAGCAAGAAACACUCGACUGGCUGAAGGGCUGUAUUGAUACAUCGACCAAGCAGGAGAUGUCGAAAGUGCUUGGCACCAUCAUCCCAGCGGUUACGAAAGCAGCAAACGACCCAACACCUGCCAUUAGGGAGAAGGCUUUUGCAGCUCUGUGCUCGUUGUCAACGAAGGUAAGCAGUGCUACUGCCAUCGACAAAAUCCUUCAGCAAGUCGAUGAAUCAAGGAGAGGAAAGCUGGAGGGGAUGAUCAAUGCUGCUCGUGGUACAGCAGGGGAGCCCUCUAGCUCCACAGCAGCAGCCACAAAGCCUGCGGCGAAAAAAGCCAGCCCUCCUCCUUCGCCAAUGAGAAGUCCUUCACCGAUGGAUGUGGACUCCCCGAAAGCACCUGCAAGACCGCCCCGGGCAGCUGCGCGGCCUUCCAGCUCUGCAGGGCCAAAGCAGUCAGGAUCUGGGGCUGGGGGCAAGCCACCCAUGUCUGGAGGAUCGUUGGCAGAUGAUAUGGGCUCGUUCCCAGCUCCACCAACAAAGGCGUCAGCUGUUGAGCAGCUUUCCGAGCUGCUGGGCGAGGGGUUGGUGAACCAGUUGACAGGCGCCCUGUGGAAGGAGCGCUUGGAUUCUGUCACAGAAGUAGUGUCAAAAUUGGGUGAUAUUGACGUCGAUGUGCAUGGCAGCACACUGGUGCAAGGCAUAGCACAUGCACCAGGGUGGGGAGAGAAGAACUUUCAGGUCAUGUCGAAGCAAUUUGAACUUUUGAAGCAUGUGGCAACCAAUGCGAAGUCUGUUGCCAAAUCAGAUGCCUUUGUUGCAAUCGAUGGUCUGGCUGAGAAAGUUGCAGACAUAAAAUUGAAGGCAAUUGCUUUUGAAUGCCUGUCCGUUUUCUGUGAACGUGUUGGGCCACCUUUCGUGUUCAAUCACAUACAUUCCAAGGCAGAGAAGCACAAGAAUCCAAAGAUCUUGGCAGAGACACUGAAUUGGAUGGGCCAGGCAAUCGGAGAGUUUGGGUUGCAGCCGAUGAAUGUCAAGAGCCUGCUCGAGUGGGUUCAGACAGACGUGAACUCUACAAAUGCCCAGGUCCGGAAUUCUGCAGUUCAACUGCUGGGCGUCUUGCAUCGCUUCGUUGGACCAACACUGGCCAACAUGAUCCGACCAAAUGUCAAGCCAGCUUUGAUGUCCACCAUCGAAUCGGAGUUUGAAAAGAACCCACAGGACGCAAGCUUUGUCCCCACACGAAAGAGUGCUGUAAAGCCUGCCAGCAAGACAGGGAGUGCGAGUGGAGGGAAGUCACGCUCAAGGGGGGCUGCUUCGCCACAGGAAGCCAGCCCGGCCCCGUCGGUCAGCGGCGAUGACUUUCUUCCAAGGCAAGAUAUCAGCGCCCAGAUUACUCCUGCUUUGAUAAACAAACUGGGCAGUGCAAAUUGGAAGGAGAGGAAGGAGGGGCUUGAUGAUGUGGAGCAGAUUCUGGCUGGAGCUGGGAAUCGGAUCGACCCGUGUGUUGGCGACCUCUUUGUAUCUUUGAAGGCUCGCUUUGCAGACUCAAACAGGAAUCUAACUGCCCAGACCCUGAGGUUGAUUGCCAAGAUUGCAACUGCCAUGGGCAAAGCGGUGGAUAGGCAAGCCAGGUUCCUUCUUCAACCUGCCCUUGCCUGCAUGUCAGACAGCAAAACACAGGUUCGGGCUGCUGUGGUGGAAAUGAUGGGGGCAUGGGCCAAGGUCACUGGGUGUAGCGCCAUUUUGCCAGACAUUGUGCAGACAAUUGGGUCCCCAAAGUGCAGCGUGGAUGGCCGAAAGGAGUGCAUUGUGUGGAUAACGGGUCAAGCGAAAGAGGGCAAGCUCGGAUCCAGCACCUUGGAAUCUGCUGUGAAAGGGGCAGCUAUUGGAUGUGCCGACAAGAAUGGAAGCGUACGUGCAGCAGGGACGGGCCUGGUUGCACAGCUCGUGGAGAUCUUCGGAAACCAGACUAUGUCGGCAACCCAGUACAUGGAAGGCGCAUUGAAAACAGCGGUUGUGGAUGCCAUCCAAAAAGCUGGUGGUGGACGAGCAUCACCUCCAGAUGUGCCAGCUGCAAAGGCUCCCACAUCAUCAAAGCUGCCAGGACCUGCUCGCCCUUCCUCGGCCAGUGGCCGUCCUGGUAGUGCAGGUGGGGCUGCUGGUUCGCGUACGAGGCCUGGGAAGCCAGUGGCAUCGGCCCGUGCACCAAAGGAGGACCCCAUGAUGGACGAUGCACCACUGAUCGUCAAGAGCGAGAAGAAGGCUGACCGGGCAAGGAAGAAUCGUUUCAAGAGGCCCAAAUGGGAGGGUGUGGCCCAUGAUGAAGAGGCGAUGCUGAAGGCAGAGUUGGAGCCACACCUGUCUAAUCUGAUCAAGCCUGCGAUGUUCGCAAAGGACUUCAAAAAGCACUGCAUCGCUGCUGACCUUAUUUGUGGAGCAGUGGACUCUCUGUAUGACGAAAUUAUUUCGUGCCUGGACUUGAUAUUGAGGUGGGCGGUGAUUCGGAUCUGUGAGGCAAAAACAGAAUCACUACUCCACACUCUUGCCAUGCUCAAGGCGAUUUUCAAGGCCAUGAUUGAGAAUGGUUACCGUCUGUCUGACUAUGAGGCUGUGGUGCUUAUGCCAUGCUUGGUGGAGAAGAGUGGGCACAACCAGGACAGGAUUCGGAAGGACCAUCGGGAACUCAUGGGACUGGCAAUGCAGGUGUACUCAAAGGCCAGGGUGUACGUUUUUGUGGCAGAUGGCCUGGAGUCAAAGAACAACCGCACAAAGAUCGAAUGUGCAGAGGAGAUUGGAUGCAUCAUUGACAGAGAAGGAAUCAGAAUUGCACUGGGUAGCAAGCAAGCAAAGGCAAUGCAGGUCAUCGCCAAAUCUGUGUCUGAGCGCGACAAGUCUCUGAGAGCUGCAUGCCUGUCUACUCUGGCUGUGAUUUAUGACUUCGAGGCUGACGACAUCUGGUCCCAUCUGGGCCACCUGACAGAACAGCAGCAGAGCCUCAUUGUGGAGCGCCUCAAGUAUCGCGAGAGGGAACUUGCCAAGUCAGGUCUGACGGGCGGGUACAGAAAUGAGGAUGCUGUGGAUGAGCAAAUGGAGGGCUCCCCAGAGCCCCCCCAAGAAGUAGCUGCUGCCCCACAACAGCAAUUUGUCCCACCACCAGAUCAGGGCUUCAAUCGGCAUCCAUCGUCUUUUGGGAGGCAGUUUGGAGCUCCGGGGCAGACAGCUGUACACAACGGCGGCACACAUCCCUCAUUCCGACCUGGCCCAGGGGCCUUUCAGCGACCCUUGCCUGGCGCUUCGCCACAGUCCUUUGAUGCAAAACCCCGCCGAUUUGGCCCCCCUCAAGUUGCCACUGGGGUCCACCAAGAUGUGGACAUGGGGGGCCAGGCGUCGCCUGUGCGGCAGCCUGCUGCUGAGAGGCCCACCAGAGAAUACAUCCCAGAGGAUCGGACUGCGUAUGGAGCAAGGUCCCAGUCGCCCAUCUUGCCAGAUCCACCAGGUCCUUGUGGUGCCAAAGGUGAGCGCUCCGAUGAGGAGAUCUCUUCCACAUGGGUCAGAGCCAUGGUCACUGCACACAGCAGCAACAUGGACGAGGCAAUCGACGCCCUGAAGGUCCUUUGCUAUGAAUUGAUGGAGGCAUCCACGCCUGGAAGGGCGAGCGAUUACAUUGUGAACCUCCUGAGGACCAGCGCUGAUGAACUUGUCAAAGAACUUUGCUCCAAGCUGGAUCAGACGUUUGCUGAGGCCACCGCACAGCUCAUAGUCAGCACUGACCCCCCUUCUGCCAGGGGCUGUAAGUACAGCCUUAACACGAUGAUGCAGACGUUUGGGGUCAAGUGGAUGGCACUGGCUGUUGACAAGCAGACACUGCUUGAUGUCAUCUCGUCCCUCCUGCAGCUCCUAUUGGAUGACAGGCUCCCAAGAAUUCAGGAGGGUGGCCAACUGAUGCGGGCCAUGAACGUCUUGAUGCUGAAAGUGAUGGAGAAUGCAAACAAGACUCAACUGUUUGAAAGCUUGCUAUUCUUGCUGAGGAGCAUGCCUCCAAAAGUUGAGACAGCAACGCCGGAUGUGCAGGGGCGGUUCAUGGACUUGGCUGUAAAAUGCCUCAUAAAAACGACCAAGGCAGUUGGGGGUUUCAUGGAGGAACUUGACCUUGAGAGUCUCCUCUUGUCGAUCCACGAGUUCUUUGUGGAUCUUGGAGUUGAGGAAAUCAGGAGAAGGGGCGCUGAAGAUGACAAGCCGUUGAGAAUGGUGAAAACCAUCCUGCACGAGCUGUGCAAAAUAAAGGGUUCCGAUAUUCUGGAUUACAUUGGCUUGCUUCCGCGCGAUGAGAACCCACCUCCUAUAAUUUGCGCCUACAUCGAUCUCAACUUGACCACUCUCCACAACACAGGCCUAAUCACUGGGCCACUUCCAAGGCCCUGCAGUCAGGUGCUGUCCAGCUUAGACUCGUCAUCUCAGUCACCAUCACCACCGUCCAUUGGAUCACCGAUGGGUUUUGGCAAUCCACCAAUAUCGCCAGACAGGCCGUUUGGGCAUGUUUCCAUGAACAGCAUGGGAUCUCCAAGCAGUCAGGACGAUGUGAAAGCUGACUUGGCCGCCAUCUUCAAGAAGAUCGGUGACAAGAACCACAGCAAGGCAGGAAUGGAGGAGUUGUUUCAGUUCCAAAUGGAGCACCCACUGGUGGACAUUGGACCCUACCUUGCUGGGACAAGUGAAGCUUUCAAGGCCUACAUCGAAAGAGGCAUCAGCAAGAUCAAAUCUCGGCGUGGACAGGACAGCGGUGCAGAUAGAGCAGCAGCAAAUGGCACUCAGCAAGUUGCGAUGGCGAAUGGAGUCAGCGUGAAUGGCUUCUAG